AUGAGAAGUAAACUGGUUAAUUCAUUUCCUUUGAAACCAAAAUCAAUCGAUUGAAUUAACCCAGACCAUCUUAUCCAUGUUCAAAGGCGUUGCUCUCUUCCUCCUCGAUCUGCAAUAACAAAAGGGAGCAAAGCAAAGCUUGUAGAAUCAAUGCCGGAACAAGUAGCCAUAAUCGUCGGAGCUGGCCCCUCCGGCCUUGCCACGGCUGCGUGCUUAAGCCGCCAAUCAACCCCAUACAUAAUCCUCGAGAGAGAAGAUUGUUUUGCUUCUCUGUGGAAGAAAUAUGCUUACGACCGUCUCCAGCUCCACCUUGGCAAGCAGUUCUGCGAGCUCCCCCACAUGCCAUUCCCUCUCUCUUUCCCAAAAUACGUACCCAAAACCCUCUUCAUACAAUACUUAGACGACUAUGUCUCCCAUUUCAAGAUCAGUCCCCUGCACCGGAGGACCGCGGAGUCGGCAGAGUACAAUGAGGUCUCCAAGAGAUGGCACGUAAAGGCAAGGAAUGCGAGCUCCGGUGAGGUUGAGGAAUAUUUUGGAAGGUUUUUGGUGGUGGCGACUGGGGAAGCCACGGAUCCUUAUACGCCGGAGAUUGAGGGAUUGGACACUUUCUCCGGUGAGGUUCUUCAUUCUACUCAGUUCAAAUCUGGGAAGCAGUUCUCAAACAAGAAGGUUUUGGUUGUUGGGUCUGGGAAUUCUGGCAUGGAAAUCGCAUUGGACCUCGUAAAUCAUGGUGCCAAGUACACUUCCAUUAUUGUUCGAAGCCCGGUUCAUAUCGUGUCAAGGGAAAUGGUGUACUUAGCGUUGAUUUUGUUGAAGCGUAUAGAGGUUGGCAUGGUGGACUCGUUGCUGGUGAUGCUUAGCAAGCUGGUUUUUGGGGAUCUGAGCAAGUAUGGAAUAAGAAGGCCUAGCGAAGGUCCUUUCUAUAUGAAGGUUAAAUACGGCAAGUAUCCGGUCAUCGACGUCGGCGCCUAUAAAAAGAUCAAGUCCGGUGAAAUUCAGGUGUUGCCGGCGGAAAUAGCAAGCGUGAGUGGGAAGGACGUACUUUUCGAGGACGGCAAGGCACGUUCAUUCGACACAAUAGUUUUUUGUACUGGCUUCAAGAGGUCCACAAACUUGUGGCUUAAGGGGGAUGGUUAUCUUUUGAACGAUGAUGGCCUUCCGAAGCCAAAUUAUCCUGACCACUGGAAGGGAAAGAAUGGCUUAUACUGCGUUGGACUAUCAAGAAGAGGACUAUAUGGAGCGAGUGUUGAUGCACAAAAUAUUGCUAAUGAUAUCAAGUCUCUCAUGUAAUGUUCCGGAUAAAAUUUUAAAAGAAUCUUUUUAUAUUCAGUCGGUUGUCGUGGUUGACGAUGAGGUCAACAUAAUAAUACUUUGAAGAAGUGUUUUUUUGGUAUUAAUGUGAGAUUUUAAAUAGUAAAUUAUAGUUUGAUUACGUC